CAGGAGUAGCGGCGACGGCGAUAGCGGGGCUGCCCCCUUGUCGCGCUCAGCCUCGGGAGGCCUUGUGGGAUCUGUAGUCCCGGCCGCCACGGGACCGCCGGGGGAGGAGAAGGCGGAGUAGCGGGCGGGGUGGGGGGACGACACACACACACGCCAUGCCCGGGUUCACGUGCUGCGUGCCGGGCUGCUACAACAACUCGCACCGGGACAAGGCGCUCCAUUUCUACACUUUCCCGAAGGACGCGGAGCUGCGCCGCCUGUGGCUGAAGAACGUGUCGCGGGCCGGCGUGAGCGGCUGCUUCAGCACUUUCCAGCCCACCACCGGCCACCGCGUCUGCUCCGAACACUUCCCCGGCGGGCGCAAGUCCUACCUGGUGCGCGUGCCCACCAUCUUCCAGCAGCCCCCCGCCGCCGCCGCCGCCCAGCAGCCCCCCGCGGUGCUGCUCACCUUGCAGCAAGAGGGAGCCGUCGAGCAGGGCGGGCAAGGGCCGCGAGCCGGAGGAGGAGGGGGACCCGAGGACGUCAAGCCCAUCGACCUGACCGUGCAGGUGGAGCUGGGGGGUCCUGCUGGUGCCGCCACCGCAGUCGGCACCCCGGUCCGGUUGGCCCUGCUGGCCGGCAACGGGCCCCUGCUGGACGGCGGGGGCCCGCCAGACCACUCGUACUCGCUGUCUUCGGGCACCACCUCGGAGGAGCUGCUGCGCAAGCUCAACGAGCAGCGGGACAUCAUCGCCCUGCUGGAGGUGAAGAUGAAGGAGAUGAAGGGCAGUAUUCGGCGCCUGCGCCUGGCCGAGGCCCAGCUCCGUGAGGAGAUCCGCGAGAAGGACCGCCUGCUGCACGCCGCCAGCGGCAUCGGGGGAGCUCGCAAGCGCCACGGCCUCUGAGGCUGUGCCUGACACUUCCCUCGCUUUCCAACACGCGCUCACACACGUAAUGCACACUUGCCACAUGAUUGGGUUCCUGGUCUUCAACAAGUUGCUCAUCUCUGCAGGACAGGGCACAUAUAGACUUAUCUGGAAUUGGUUGCGACAGCAAGGGCAGGCCAAAGAAGCUCUGUGGCCAGGAGGCCGUUGUGAGGACAACUUGUGCGGCCACAGUGUGGCGUUGCUCCUUAAGUUACAACUCUGAUGCCUGGCAGGCACCAUGCCAGUUCUAGACUAUGCUCUGGCAAUGAUUCAUCUUCUGUAAGGAAGCCCAGGCUGGCAUGUGAGCAGGCCCACAGUGAACUGGACUUAAACAUUCUCCACACACACCCCCCAGAGCGGCCCAACCAGACUUAGCUACAAUCACAGCUCUUUUGAACUAAACUGGGUCGCAUCUGGGUUGUUGGUUCCCCAGUGAUGCUGUAGUCUUUGCAUUGCUUAACUGUUCAGAGCAUUGGUGUCAGACAAGCAGCUGGUCUGGUACUCUUAGUGAUGCUGAUGAAACUGGUCCAUUUCAAGCAACCCAGUAAAGCUAUGACAUCAUGCCACCAGCUGUCAGAUUGCAUUUAGGGAAACAGAGAGAGUGAUUUCCUAGAGAAGCACACCUGGGCUGUAAACCAAGUACGCUGGAGUACUCUUAACAGAAGUUGCAAUGGUAUUUAUGGCAUUUAUACCAGGAUUAAUCUACAGUCAACAUCUUAUGGACUGAUGCCUUAGAAACCAUGGUCAUUGGUGCAUUCUGUUUGCCCCUCUUUAUGACAGACAAAAAAAAAAAAUAGAAAAUUGUGGACAAUUGGUUCCCCCUCCCCCCCCAGCAGAAAGCUUGUGUCAUUUCUGGUGUCAAAUUUCAUUCUUACAAUUAAGAGGGCAACUGGAGUAUGUAGUUGGUAUCUUUGAAUUGUAGUUGCUGUUUUUCUCCCACUCUGUUUCUUUUUCCCAUCUUGUAGGCAUUAUCGUGGCUGUGCCAUAGUUGGAUAGUUCCAUGCCCUGCGUAGCAUUCAACAAUUGCUUCUUAUUUCAGUGCUGCAAAUACCUAAGUCUACUCUGGUGUAACCAGUGCUGUACGGUAUAUUUAAUUUUCACUUAGAGUGAUCUGAAGUGUUAUCUGGCUAACAACAGAAGAGGAAUGAAGUUAAUUUCCAGUGGCGGUUGCAGAUCCUCCCUAAAUCCACGAAAGUUUAGUAGCAGCUUUGUGGCCCAGAAAACUUUUUAAAAUGCUGUAAGCAUGAAUUAAUUGAGUGUGUUUGCAAGACAGAGCUUGCACUCUUCUCAUCUGAAUGGGUAAUACUCGGCUUGCAUUUCUGUGGACAUUACCCCCAUUAAAGAUGGGACAGAGUAAAAGAAGGGACGGUUCUACAGUCUGGCUUGGCAUUAUCAAAAAAUGCAAUGACCCUUCUCUGGCUGUUCCGUUGCGUAGUAUUAAAUAGAAGCUUCUGUUUAAUGUGUUCAGUGCAGUGGUUGAUACAAGCAGUCCACCAUGGUAUUCACUCCACACAACUAUGCAGAUGUUGCCCAGAUUUUAAAUUUUCACUGAGACAGUGAAGAACUAUGAAAAUGAUUGUCUGGAGUCUUGAUUUGCCUUUCUGCUUUUAAACUAAAAUUCACACUUCUCUAAGAGGGGAUUAGAUCACAUGGUUUGGACAUCAUGGGUUUUGAGCAUUACAAAAAGACAUCUCUAGUGGGAGCUGAGAUUUGCUGGGAUUGGUGAGUGUCUAGAUAGCCACCUGUCCAGUUAUUUUAUUUUUGGCUUUUGUUGAGAUAUCAAAAAUAUUUUAAUUAACAACUGCAAGCUUAAAUUUGUUCAACAUCCACCAUGACAGCAAAGAACAAAAGACUCCCCCAUCCCCAUGGCCUGGGUGGGAUUAAUUCAUCACCCCCCAAUUAAUAAUUUAAAUAUAUAUUUCCUUAUGCAGUUUACGUAUCCUUUGUCCCUUUUUGUUACAUAUAGAUCAUAAGACCUGUCUUAAUUCUUUCUAUCUCCAAGGCUUGUUGUGUUGAUUGACUCUGUGCUUGAUCAGGGGGAUAUGGUAAUGGAACAUAAACCUUAAUCUUAUGUUGGACUUCAUGGAUUCUCUGCUGUAACCACUGAAGAAUUGGUCUGUUCUUUGAAAAACAUUGUCAACUGUAUCCACUUGUUAAGUUGCUAGAAUGCCAAUUGUUAUUUUAAUAAUUAUUUUUGGAUUUUCUAGCUAACUUUUGUCCAAAUUUAGCAGCUGGGGAAGGCAGUUACAGACAGAUUUGCUCCAGACCGUCUGAGAUACAGGUUAUGUUUCCGUCACGUAGCUCUCGUUUUGCUCUGUUGCAGCCACGGAGGUACUGGGCAGCACACUGGUUUUCUCUCUUUGUAAAUAAGACUGCGCAUUGUAGCUGGCUGAGAGUGUUCUGAAAGUGUGUGUUGUGACGGUCGUGGUACUUUUCUACCAUCAUUCUGCACUAAAUAACAUGUUCAGUUGAUUAGAUGGCUGGACUGGUUUCUCUGUUGGACUGUUCUAUUUUCCUGGUUAUCCUG